UUGCCAACUGAUUAUAUAUUUUCGCCUACUUUCUCGAUCUAAAGUCGAAACAAACACAAACAUACAAAAACAACAAAUUUGAUCACAAGUCAUCGAAACAUGAUCCACACUAAAACCGGGUCAAAUCGCCGGAUCCUGACCUUUCCGGCUGUGCAACCAUGCAAAUCAAUCUCCGUAACCACGCUACUCGACUCACUGAUUCAACUCGCCGGCGACAUCCUCACGUUCAAGCAGAAACACUUCUCCACCAAUAAACGAAGCUUCCAAAAAACCAUCAGGCAGAUCCAAAACCUAGCUAUCGUCUUGGAAGAGAUCCGGAUCCGAGUCGGGUCUCGAAGACGCUACUUUCCCGGCGUCUCGAGCCUCUCGGAAAUCCACGUCAUCUUCCAGAAGCUCAAGUUCCUUCUUGAAGACUGCACGAGAGACGGAGGUAGACUAUGUAUGUUGAUGAGCUCAGAUCAAGUCUCGGAUCACCUACGGGUCCUGACUCUAUCCAUCUCCACUAGCCUCAGCGCGUUUCCUGUCUCGUUCGUUGACUUACCGAUCGAAGUCAACGAGGUGAUUGGCCUAGUGGUGCAACAAGCCCGUGAACACGUAGUCAGACCCGACUCGGACGAUAAAAAGGUCAUAGCUUCCGUUAAUGGAGUCCUUGCUCUGUUCGAGAACAGAGUCAUCCCCGAUCCGGAUGAGAUUAACCGGAUCUUGGAUCGCGUAGGGGUCCGAACGUGGGGAGAUUGCCUUAAAGAGAUCAACUUUCUCGGAGAAGAGAUAGAUGCGGAGCGGUUAGAGAAUAAAAAGAAGAAUAAUAAUAGUAACGCACGAGUAGAGCUUCUAAGCAGCUUAAUGGGGUUCAUAUGCUACUGCAGAUGCGUGAUACUGAACAAGAGAGAUCAUCAUCAUCAUCAUCAUCAUGAUGAAAGCGAGUUGCGUGUUCAUGAAGAUUUAAUUCGAGGAAUAAAAGUUGAGGAUCUUCUUUGCCCGAUUUCUCUAGAGAUCAUGACGGAUCCUGUGGUCAUAGAAACAGGGCACACGUACGAUCGGAGCUCCAUCACAAAAUGGUUCGGAUCCGGGAACAUCACGUGCCCCAAAACCGGAAAGAUCCUGACCAGCACCGAGUUGGUUGACAACGUUUCCGUGAGUCACGUGAUCCAAAAGCACUGCAGAGCAAACGGCGUCGUUUUGGAAAUCAACGGUCGGAAAAGAAAAAGUCACGGUGACGUGGCGCCGGAUAGUUUAGCAGCGAAAGGAGCAGGAAGACUUAUCGCGAGGUUCCUCACUUCAGAGCUGCUAACAAACGGCGACGAAGAGAUGGUUUACAGAGCUCUUAGAGAGAUUCGCGUUCUGACCAAGACAGGUAGUUUUAAUAGAUCUUGUCUGGUCGAAGCCGGCUGCGUGAGUCCGCUUUUAAACCUUCUGACGUCAGAAGACUCGAGGAUUCAAGAGAACGCAAUGGCUGGACUUCUGAAUCUCUCUAAACACGUCGCCGGAAAAGGUGAGAUCGCAGGAGAAGGGUUGGGGAUCAUCGUGGAGAUUCUCAACGAAGGAGCUAAAACAGAGACGAGGCUAUACGCUGCUUCUGCUCUGUUCUAUCUCUCUUCCGUCGAAGACUACAGCUUACUAAUCGGUGAGCAUCCAGACGCGAUUCCUGGACUGAUGAGGAUCGUUACAGGCGAUGAGUACGGCGACUCGGCGAAACGCAACGCGUUGCUUGCGGUUAUGGGUUUGCUGAUGCAAUCCGAAAACCACUGGCGCGUCCUCGCCGCCGGCGCUGUUCCGGCUCUUCUCGAUCUGCUGAGAGACGAGGAAACGGGAGGAGAGCUCACGGCGGAUUGUUUAGCGACGCUGGCGAAGCUGGCGGAGUAUCCCGACGGGACGAUUGGUGUGAUCCGUCGCGGGGGUUUGAAGCUCGCGGUGAAGAUUUUGUCUUCUUCUGAAGUCUCGCCGGGGGUGAAACAGCACUGCGUUGGUUUGGUUUUGAACCUGUGUCUUAACGCUGGGAACGACGUCGUUGGGGUUCUUGUGAAGGACUCGGUGGUGAUGGGAUCGCUUUACACGGUGAUAAGUAACGGCGAGUAUGGAGGGAGCAAAAAGGCUAGCGCGCUUAUCAGAAUGAUUCAUGAGUACCAGGAGAGGAAAACCGGUUCAGUUGAACCGAGUUUUCAGAGAGGACGGUUCAUCCACGCAUGGUGAUUUUGGUAUAUAACUCUUGAAUAUUUGAAAGGGUUAUUUACCAAAAGAAAUAAUCAAUUACUUAGAUUAAGGGGGCUGAAAUUAUUUAUUUUUUUCUUGCAUAAAGGGGUUAAGUAUAUAUAAGCUCAGGCGUGUUUAAAAAAUCCAAAGAGCUAUGAGCUUCUGGUUUUUCAAGGAGAAGCUUUGUCCAUAAUGUAAUUAUUAUAUUUUACUGGAAAUAAAAUGAAUUU